UCUACAAUCCUUACUCAUUCCAAGUUUCCAUGCCCAAGGAAAAUAGAUUGAAAGCACAGCACAGCUAGCUCUUGCAAAAACUGGUUUUGCUCAAUUUGAAGCUCACUGUCAAAUAUGGAGACCAGUGUUGCAUGCUACGCCAGAGGAGCUUUUCCAGUGCGUAAUGUUUCAUCUCAGCAUUCAAGCUCCCUAGUCUCUCCAGCUUCCAUCUCUUCAUCUUUCAAUUCUAAGGCUUUGAGAACAAGCUCUCUAUUUGGGGAAUCAUUGCGUAUGGUGCCAAAAUCAUCCCUGAGAGUUUUAAAGUCAAAGAACAGUUCCAGUGUACCCAAAUGUGCAAUUGGUGAUAGCUUGGAAGAAUUCUUAACAAAGGCAACCCCAGAUAAGAAACUGAUCACAUUGUUGAUAUCAAUGGGGGAAGCAUUAAGGACCAUUGGAUUUAAAGUGAGGACAGCUUCUUGUGGAGGAACAGCAUGUGUCAAUUCUUUUGGAGAUGAGCAGCUUGCUGUGGAUAUGCUUGCUGAUAAACUUCUUUUUGAGGCCUUAACUUAUUCACACGUUUGCAAAUAUGCUUGUUCUGAAGAAGUUCCAGAGCUCCAAGACAUGGGAGGCCCAGCUGAAGGUGGAUUCAGUGUUGCCUUUGAUCCACUUGAUGGCUCCAGUAUCGUCGACACAAAUUUCACUGUAGGGACAAUUUUUGGGGUGUGGCCAGGAGAUAAGUUAACUGGGAUAACAGGAAGAGAUCAAGUUGCUGCAGCCAUGGGGAUUUAUGGGCCUCGAACAACAUAUGUUCUUGCUGUUAAAGGCUUCCCUGGCACCCAUGAGUUCCUUCUUCUUGAUGAAGGAAAAUGGCAACAUGUUAAGGAGACAACAGAAAUUGGUGAAGGAAAGCUAUUCUCCCCUGGAAAUUUGAGAGCCACAUUUGACAACCCUGACUACAGCAAGCUGAUUGACUACUAUGUGAAAGAGAAGUACACACUGAGAUACACUGGAGGAAUGGUUCCAGAUGUUAACCAGAUUAUUGUAAAAGAGAAGGGUAUCUUCACCAAUGUGAUAUCCCCAACUACCAAGGCUAAGCUAAGACUGUUGUUUGAGGUAGCUCCAUUAGGCUUGUUGGUUGAAAAUGCUGGAGGUUUCAGUAGUGAUGGCCACCAGUCUGUGCUAGACAAGGUGAUCGUUAAUCUUGACGAUCGGACUCAAGUUGCUUACGGAUCCAAGAACGAGAUUAUCCGCUUCGAAGAAACUCUAUACGGAUCGUCCAGGCUCAAGGGAGCAGUACCUGUUGGAGCUGCUGCCUAGUGACAAACAUUUACUUGGUUAAUUAUUUCCACCCCCUUUUUUCUUUUCUAUUUUUGUUGGAAAAAUUAAGCUAUAUAGCUCAAAUAGUUAUUGUGAAAUUGGAGAUGCAAGGUUGAAUUUGUGUUAA